AUGACAGAAGAAAAGACCCUAGGACGUCAGAAGAUUUCGAUGGCCAAAAUAGAAAAUGAAGAUGAUUUAUACUCAUCAUUUUCAAAGCGUCAGAAAAUAUUAUACAAGAGAGUAAGUGAUAUGAUUGGGAAAUAUGACAUUGCUGUGGGAAUAAUAACAUUUUCCCCCUGUGGUAAUCCUUUCUCUUUUUUCCGCCCUACAAUUGAUUUUGUUGUUGAUCGUUUCUUUAGUCCAUUAGACCAGGGAAGUGAAAAUAGUCUCUUUAACAUUGCAAACACUCGGAUCAGAAUCAAGGAGAAACAAGUUGAGCUUCACAAUCUCGAGAUUAUUGAAGAGACUUUAGCUAAUCAGAGAACAGAUGAGACUGGCAUAGAAGAAAUGUGGAAACAAAUAAAGGAAUUUAAUUUAGAGGAUUUGAAAUAA